AUGUCGGAGGAAGCUGAUUUCGAAAUCGACUUUUACGGGGACGAGAGCAAUGAUCAACAAGAUCAAGGGCAGAAGAAGCAGGAACAGCAGAAUGAGGGGCAGGCAGAACACCGCGACGACAACUAUAACCACGAAGCCCAGAAUGAAGGCAACCAUGGUGGAGACGAUGCGAUGGAAGACGAGAAUGGCCAAGGCCACGGCGACCAAGCAUCGCAGCAAGGGACAAAGCGCAAGCAGGAAGACGACGGGAGGCCUGUUGACUCGGGGGCCACGUCUGCACUUAUGAUUAACGAGCUGAAUUGGUGGACCACUGAUGACGACAUUCGAGGAUGGGCGCGCGCCGUCGAGGCUGAGGACGAAAUCAAAGACCUGACUUUUAGCGAACACAAGAUUAACGGCAAAAGCAAAGGACAAGUAUAUGUCGAAUUCAAUUCUCGCCAGGCAGCUUCGGCAAUCAAGCACUACCUAGACAAGCUCAGCUCGGAGGAUGCGCAGGGCGCGCAAAAGAAGUUCCAAGCAAUGUACUGGAACCCCCAACUCAACCCCUUCAAGACACUACCGAAAGACGCCCCCGCUCGAGGCAAGGACCAGCAGUCAAGAGGGCCAACGGGUGCCUACAACAACGAUCGCGGAGGCUACACCAACAACUACCGCGGCCGGGGAAACUUUAACAACCGCGGCAACAUGGGCCAGAACAACUAUAACCGCAACUUUAACAACAAUAAUAACAUGGGCUACAACAAUAACCCCAUGGGCGGCGGUGGCUACAACAACCCCAUGGGUGGUGGCAAUUUUAACAACUUCAACAACCGUGGUGGCAUGAUGGGCGGGGGUAUGCGUGGCGGUGGCAACAUGCGUGGCGGUCGAGGCGGGAACAUGAUGGGCAUGGGUCCCGGCAUGAACGCCAUGAAUCCGAUGGGUAUGAACCCCAUGGGUAUGAUGGGCGGCAUGGGAAACAUGGGUAGUAUGGGCAUGGGAAUGAUGAAUCCCGGCAUGCAAGGCAUGAACUCAGGCUUCAAUCCCGGAAACUUCAACUUUGGACAGAACCAAGGAGGUGGCGGUGGUGGUGGCGGCGGCGACUGGGGCAACCCUCACGGCGCAAAGCGGCCCCGACCCGAGUAG